AUGCCUUCACCAAUGUGGAAAAUCCAAGCUGGACUUUUCCUCCUGGCGCUUUUCGUGCCUUUCCUAGCAGGAGGACACCAGGCAGACGAGGGAGGUUGGCGGCCAGUGCCAACGUGCCGUUCAGCCAUGUUGGUGAGCAUCUUGGGAAGGUUCAGGGAGCACGUGUGCUUGGGCACUGUCGUGCACAGGAAACACAUUCUGACAGCAGCCCACUGCUUGGAAGCUGCCGGCCCCAUGCCUGUCAUCAGGGCCAUCAAUGGAGAAUGUUCAGGCAGACCUCAGUUACAGAAGGAACUUCGAGCAGAAGAGGCCAUCAACCACCCCAGCUGGACAGGGGACGUUACGAAGGGAUACGACAUCGCACUGCUGAGGUUGCCGAGGCCCCUUGACGUUCAGUUGCCUCUGAUGGCUAGCAAGAAUUUCGAUCUGUACCCCAACACAAAAGUCGACACAUUUAGAUUGCAUGGAGACCUGCAAACUGCCCAAUCUGUCGUCGUGGCCAAUGCAUUGUGCCCCCAUCUGCCGGAUUUACCGCCGCAAACGUUCUGCAUAUAUUCUGAAUCCGGAAGCAUGGCCACAG